AUGAACAGAUUAGCAGCACCAAGCCGGCUGGCAAGACUUCCAGCCCGCAACAUCCUACAGGGCGCUGCUGCGAGCCGAGGAAAGGCAACCGUCCCAUUCAGGUUGCCAGCUGCGCGGAACGAGCCAAAUCCCGAUUACAGGAAAGGCUCCCCAGAGCGCAAGCAGAUUGAGGAGACAGUGGCCAGGCUCAAGUCUCAAAUCCCACUCAAGAGUGAGAUCUUCAUCAGUGGCAAGGUGCAAGCACAGUCUGCAUCAGAAAGCCAGCCGCUCCCCAGCGAGCAUGCCGUCACAUUCACAGAAUUCCCGUUGGCGACCAAGCAGCAGGUCUCCGAUGCCAUUGAGUCUGCGCUGAAAGCCAAGAAGUCAUGGGAAAACACGGCCUUUGUCGACCGGGCCGCCAUCUUCUUGAGAGCCGCCGAGCUUGUUACUACCAAGUACCGGUAUGAGCUCAUCGCGGCGACUAUGCUCGGCCAGGGCAAGAACAUCUGGCAGGGAGAGGUCGAUGCCGCCGCUGAGCUUGCCGACUUCUUCCGACUAAACUGCAACUAUGCCGCCGAGCUGCUCGAGAGACAACCCGACCGUGGAAGCGAUGGUAUGUGGUCUCGGCUGGACUACCGACCGCUGGAGGGAUUCGUCUAUGCAGUCUCGCCUUUCAACUUCACGGCUAUCGGUGGCAACUUGAUCUCUGGGCCCGCGUUGAUGGGCAACGUCGUGCUCUGGAAGCCCUCGGCGUCCAACAUCUACGCUAGUACCAUCGUCUACAAGAUCCUCUUGGAGGCUGGUCUACCUCCAGACGUGAUCCAGUUCGUCCCUGGUGAUGCUGAGGAGAUCACUUCCACUGUGCUUGCUCACCGGGAAUUUUCCGGCCUGAAUUUCGUCGGCUCCUCUGACGUCUUCCGCUCCAUCUACGCCAAGAUCGGCGAGGGCAUCGGCAAGAGGCAAUACCGGGACUUCCCCCGGGUUGUCGGUGAGACGAGCGGCAAGAACUUUACCCUCAUCCACCCCUCAGCCGACAUCUCCAGCGCAGUCAAUCACACAAUUCGUGGCUCAUUUGAGUACCAGGGCCAGAAGUGCUCAGCCACCUCCCGUCUCUACCUUCCACAAUCGAGAUCCAAGGAGUUCCUCGAAGGCAUCGAGUCCAAGGUGAAGGAGAUCACCAUUGGCAGCCCCGACAAGGACACCUCUGCCUUCAUGGGCCCUGUCAUCCACCGCCGGUCAUUUGACAAGAUCAAGGGCAUCAUCGACGCCAGCAACAAGGAUCCUUCGCUGAAGCUCCUGGUCGGUGGUAAGUAUGACGACUCGGUGGGCUACUACGUCGAGCCCACAAUCUACCUCGCCGACUCGCCGACACACCGCCUGUUCGACGAGGAGAUCUUCGGUCCCGUGCUGGCCAUCUACACGUACCCUGACGACAAGUGGAGCUCCAUCCUGGAGCAGGUCGACAAGAGUGGCGGCGGCUUCGCGCUGACUGGCGCCGUGUUUGCCAACGACAGGCGCGCCCUGAGGGAAGCGGAGGAUACGCUGCGCUACUCGGCCGGUAACCUGUAUCUGAACUGCAAGACCACUGCAGCUCUCAUUGGCCAGCAAUCCUUCGGCGGUAGCAGGGCCAGUGGCACCAACGACAAGGCCGGUAGCUCGAACGUUCUGUUGCGCUUCACCAGUCCGCGCUUGAUCAAGGAGGAGUUCUUUGCGCAGACUGGCUUCAAGUACCCCAGUAAUGAGUAG